CCUAAUGUAUGACAAUCACAGCCAAUAUCCUGUAGCAGUGAAUAUCUUUUUCGAUCUUCUAAUUUCCCCGCAAGGUCCACUAAAUCGCGAUGGAUAACAGAAAGCCAUUUGCUGGCAAAGUGGUAACUGUAACUGGGGCAGCACAUGGGAUCGGUCUGGCAACAGUUUACUACCUUGUCUCUCGUGGUGCCACAGUCUCCAUGGUAGACAUUGUUGCUAAAAGCGCUCUGGAAAAGGUGGAGGAGAAAGUUUUACAAGAGUUUCCUGACGCCAAAAUUUCCCAUAAGACAGUCGACGUCAGGGACAGAGAGUCAGUCGAAAAGUGGAUCGAGGAUACUAAGGAGAUAUUUGGUAGAAUUGACGGUUGCGUAAACAAUGCUGGAGUUGUGGGUCACGAAUACAAGCCCAUCUCGGAUGUCUCAGAGGAGGACUGGAAUUACGUGCUCGAUGUCAACUUGAAAGGGGUCUUUAAUUGCCUACGUGCAGAACUACCAGUGAUUGAAGACAAUGGUAGUAUUGUGAAUGUUGCUGGGAUUGCCGGCCAGUUUGGUUUUGUCAACAUGUCGCCAUAUGUCGCUUCCAACCAUGGGAUCAUCGGCUUGACCAAGUGCGCUGCAAAGGAAAUUGCAGAGAGGGGAGUGCGGGUUAACGCAAUCUGCCCGGGCGAUAUUAAAACUGCACUUAUGCACGAAGAGAAUAGAAAGUCUCAUGGAGCCUUCGCCCCCAAGCAUGCGCCUCAGCUUUUUAAGCGAUACGGUCAUACUGAAGAAGUGGCCGCAUUAAUUGCCUUCCUUCUUGGAGAUGAGAGCAAAUUUACGACUAGUUCGACCUACAAUAUUGAUGGCGGAUGGACUGCUUGAAUCCAAAUGAACCUUCCGAGGGGGGUUAAAAAGAAAAUAAAAGUAAAAAAGAAAACAGACAAGUGAAAUCUUUUUCUCGGCCGUCAUAAUGUUGUUCCCAAACUGUGCAGGUCUAUAGGCUUGACCUGAAAUUACGGAACUCGCAUGCAAGAACGGGACUGAACCAUUUAUGUUGCUCAUUCGGGUGAUCGCGAGAGAAUAGCAUACCGCAAUUAAAUACAAAGAUCAUAUCUUGUUAACUGUGAAAUAA